AUGUCGAACAAGAGACUCUCGCAAUCCGUCACGGGGAGCUGGAACGACGGAAGUAAUUUGCCCACCUCUAGCGUCACCGUCUCAGAGGACGAGAUGGAAAGCUGGCUGGCCACAUGGAAGACGGUCUUUGCAAGAGAUCUCAUUGACUCCCGAAUCGUGGCAGUAGACUCGGAAACGAGCGUGGAGGACGCAUGCGAACUCCUACUGUCCGAAGAUAUUGCCUGCCUCGCAGUCCGGACGCCAUCCUCCGAAUCCAGCAGCGGAAGUCCUUAUCACGGAUUAUUUGAUUAUGCUGAUGUCAACGCGUUCCUGACGUUGGCGGCAACAAGACACACCCUGCAACCUGAAGAUCUCCGUGAAAAGACGCGGGCGAAUGACAUUGUCACUGCGGCGAAGGCUGGACGCGUCCCAGUCCAUUUGGUCAGCAAUCUUUCAGAGAAGAAUCCCAUUGAGAUACUGUCACACAACUCCACUCUGAUUUCGUUGCUCGCUGUUUUUGCUCGAGGAGCCCACAGAACCUUCAUUCAAUCUGCCAAAUCACCUGAGGAAUUUAUCGGCAUUGUUUCUGAGCGUAGCCUUCUGGCGUGGUUCGAUGCUUACGCCCGAGAAACUCCGUCAUUCAAGAAGUAUUUGUCCCAACCAAUUCAAUUCCUAUCUCUCCCUUCCGUUAGCCUGAAUGCCGCUGUUGUUGCGGCUGGAUCAUCUGCUUCCGUACUGGAUGCCAUGAAGCUAAUGAGCGAGCAAGGAGUCAGCAGCGUCGCUGUGGUAGAAGAGAACAGCGGUACUCUUCUAAGUGCUGUCAGUGUGACAGACGUUGGAAAGAUCGUUGUCCCUUCUCAGAGCAACCAAAUCUUGGCAACUCCUUUACUCCAAUUUAUCGCCCAGAUUAAGGCGAGUAUUUUACCCGCUCGAGAAAUAGAUCCUACUGACCAUGCUCCAGGAAGCCGAUGGAUCUACAGAUGCCUUCUCUCCUUCACGAUAGAGAAGUUGUUGGCCACAAACGCACAUCGUGUCUUUGUAACCAAGGAUUCUGGGCAUGCAUCUCCUACACUAUCCCCUUCUUUUCAAACGAAUCUCACUGGAAUUAUAUCUAUUGUCGACAUCCUUGCGUUGUUUGCCCGAGUGGCGAAGAUUCCGAACGUCGAUCCAACGGUGAUGCAGCGUCAUCGAAGAGCAUCAUCAGCCUCUUCGUCACAGUCAUCUUUGGACAAAGAUUUCAUGCUUCGAUCGAGGUCGAACAGCCGAACUAGCGUUCAGCGCAGCCCAAACGUGGCUGCCUCAAGUCCUUCGGGGAUCGCCGUCCUGGAUAGUGUUCUGGGCUCGACGCCGAUACCUGUCUUGGAUCUUUCCCUGCAAAGAAGAGAGAGCACAAAGCGGAAGAGUGGACACAUGAAGAAGGAGAGUGUUGGGUGA